AUGGUGAACUUCACCGAUUCAGAUGUGAAAGAGCUCGUUCGAGAACGCUACGGUAACUUCGCGCAGUCCGCAACCACUUGCUGCGGCGAUGGCGAAGCUACCACGAAGAGUCAGCUUUAUGAGAUUGAUCAGCUACAGGGACUACCGGACGAGGCGCUGCUUGCGUCCGCGGGCUGCGGCAAUCCCACCGCGAUCGGCGACCUCAACCCCGGCGAGACGGUUGUGGACUUCGGCAGCGGCGGCGGCAUAGACUGCUUCAUCGCCGCGAAGGCGGUCGGAGAGCAGGGCAGGGUAAUCGGCAUCGAUAUGACGCCCGACAUGAUAGACCUCGCGCGUCAGAAUGCCGUCAACCUCGGCUUGCCCAAUGUGGAGUUCCAUCUUGCCGAGAUGGAGGACACUCCGCUUGAAAGCAACUCGGUUGAUGUCAUCAUAUCCAACUGCGUCAUCAACCUGGCGCCCGACAAGGACGCCGUAUUCCGCGAGGCGCACCGCAUACUGAAGCCCGGCGGCAGAAUGUUCAUAUCGGAUAUGGUGCUAACCGCGCCGCUGCCCGCGCAUGCCACCGAGGACGCGGAGAACUGGGUAUCAUGCCUGUCCGGCGCAGAGCCGCAGGAUGUCUAUAUGGGCAGGAUGUCUGAAGCGGGGCUUAAUAACAUCGAGAUUACGGAUUCCAAGCCGUGGCAGGGCAAAGAGGAAUGGGCUUCGCGCGUGCAUAGCGCGAACAUAAAAGCCUUCAAGCCCUAA